AUGACUAAUUCAAUCAAUGAAAUGGAUGUACAUCAACUUCUUUUAGUAUGUGACAUACCUAUUCCAGCUAAAGUACUACUAUUAUUUAGAAUGGUAUUUGUUAAUAUUUCUGACUUAUUGAAAUAUGUUUCGAAAGAGCUCACAAAAGCAGAUACUUUUCAUCUUAUCAUUCCUUGUCACUGUCUUCAAGAAUUGAUUAACGAUCCUGUUUAUCAAUUUCCACAAGUUACAAAGAUUGAUGUAUAUUACCAUGAUAUAAGUUAUCUAACACGAAUUCAAUGUUCUCAAUGGAACUAUGAAAAGCUACGAUCUUAUCCUCUAAGUGAAUUAAGACAGCAACUCAAAAAUAUUAUUUAUGAUAAAGAUUUUGCUUCAUUGAAUUCAAUCGAUUGGAGCACAAUCGAUACUUUGAUUUCAUUAAUAGAAGAUCGUCUUUCUGUUAAACAAUCAAAUGCUUUCAUUUGCAAUUCUGAAGUUCUAAAACAGUUUCCUACAAAACCUUUAUAUGGUCUGCCUGCAAAGAAUAUCAAUGACCCGACUUUAUGGUUUAUUUGUCCAUCAUGUAAUUUACUUUAUAAAGAAUCUUAUCAACUUGAAUGUAAACAUCAGCAAUAAAAUGCUAUAUCUGGUAAACAAAAAUCAAUUUAUUCUUCACCAUUUUAUUUAUUUCCGAACGGUUAUAAAAUGUGCUUGAGAUUGUAUAUAAAUGGAGAUUUUAUGGCAAGAAAUUCAUAUAUGUCAUUAUUUUUUGUACUUAUGCGUGGUGAAUAUGAUGCUAAUCUUCAAUGGCCAUUUAAACUUAAAGUAACAUUUUCUUUAAUUGAUCAAUCAACAAAGAAUGAUAAACAAUAUCAUAUUGAUCAAUUUUGUUGUCCUGAUGCAACAGACAUAUGUUUUCAAUGUCCUAAAACUGAUAUGAAUAUUGCUUAUGGCAUUUCAAAAUUUUUUCUCCUUGAUCGAUUUAGGCAAAAUCAAAAUGAUUUUGUUCAAUAUGAUACAAUGUUUAUUAAAGUAGAAGUUGAUCUAUUAAAUUUACCAUUUAUAAUUGGUAUAGGUGAAUUACCGAGCGAUGAUGAACAUGUUGUUACAACGGAUGAUGAUCUAUUACACAUGAUUUGUUGUGAUGAAGCAUGA